AGCAGAUCGAAUUAAGGAGCUGGGACAGAGGGACGAGGUUCGCCUGUCCUCCUGACUCUUCGAAAGAAAUAAAAAAUAAAUUCGGAUUAUCCUCCUCCUCGUUCAUUUUGGGGAGCCCCGGCGCUUCAAUCUGGAGUAAGGCGAGGAAAGCGAAGCGAAGAGAGGAAGAAGAGGAAAAUAUAUAUAUAUAUAUAUAUCGGCGCCUCGCCUUCUGCUCACCUGGUGGCUGCUCCUCCCGUUCCCUUUUUUUUCUUUCUUUUCUUUUUCUUUCUUUCUUUCCUUCCUUUCCUCCCCCAACUUCUUCUUCUUCUUUUUUUCUUUUUAACUUCGAACCUUGAUCCGAGUUUGAGCCUCGCGCGCCCAGGGAAAACUAACUGGGAGAAAGUUUUGGAACGUUCGCACAAGAACGAGCGUUCCACGGAUCGAACGUUCGCGGCGCCAACGUUCCAUCGGGCCGCGCACGGAACCUUCCCCCGGAUCCCUUAUGGACGAUUCGGAACUCGCCUGUGGCUUGGAUUGAUUGGUUAUUGGUUAUUGGCGCAGCGAGGUCUUUCUUUCUUUCUUUUUAUUUCUUUUCUUCCUUUUUUUCUUUUUCUUUCUUUCUUUCCUCUUUCGUUUUCUCUUCCUCCUUCUCCUCCUCCCUCCCUUCCUUCCUCCGCCCUGGCGAGGAAGGCCGAGGGAAGAGCCCAUUUGGGAAGUUCAACGGCGGCCAGACUAGCUGACCUCGAGCUCCCAAAAUGCCCCGAGCUUUCCUGGUGAAAAAAACCUGCGUUUCUGGCCGGCGGAACUGGAGCGAGCUGCCCGACGAAGAACGGGGCGAGGUUUACGUGCCAGUUUCCCUAGGCGGAUAUGCACUGUGGAAAGACCCCGAACCUUCAGUGGCCGAGCCGCCGUCUUUCCAGAUGCCGCUCGACAUGACCAUUCGCAACUCCGUCUACACGGCGGCUCAGCCCCACGGCGCGGCCCAUGUCUCCAGCGGGACACGACAGGAAACCGGGUCCGACUUCACGCGCUCCAAAAUCAAGGUGAGCCCGGCCGACGGGCCCCUCGAGCAGUUUUCCUGUCCGUUUUGCCAAAAGGCCUUUUCCUACCAACGGAUGCUCAACCGUCACCUCAAAUGCCACAGCGAGAUCAAACGUCACCUCUGCCCCUACUGCAACAAAGGGUUUAACGACACCUUUGACCUCAAGCGACACGUCCGGACACACACAGGUGUGCGACCGUACAAGUGCGAGCUGUGCGACAAAGCGUUCACCCAGCGCUGUUCCCUGGAGUCCCACCUGAAAAAAAUCCACGGGGUGCAGCAGAGCUACGCCUACAAGGAACGGCGGGCUAAACUUUACGUCUGCGAGGAUUGCGGGUCGACGGCCGAUAGCCAGGAAGGCCACCUGCGUCACCUUCAGGAGCAACACCCCGACAGCCCGCUACUCCGAAAGGCCUCGCGCAAGGCGGCUACGGCACUUCAUGGCAUCAUGGGCACGCCGAGUAUCCUGCAAGGCUCCGGUCCUUGUUCCUAAACGUCCUGGCCCUUUUUGGGGGAGGGGGGGAGGGAUACUGAUAAUUCCUUCGAACUUCGAAAGACCCUUUCCUUUCACCCGGAGCCAAGGACUGGCUGAGUUUGGGCGCUGGACCACCCCCCACCCCCACCCCCCCGAUCACCAGAUGCGGUAUUUCGAAUCCGGCGUGGGAAAAGACACCGGGCAAAAUUCUCGUGAAUCUUUCAUGAAGCACUGGGAAUUUAUAUAUAUAUAUAUAUAUAUAUUUUCUGGAUCGGACUUCCGGAUAGGAUGAACGGGGCUUUGACCGUUAGAAAGGGCUCGAUUUGGCUGCGGGGGGGUGUGUGGGGGGCGGUCGGGGCAGGAUGAUUCUCAGAGGUCAUCUAGUCUGACCCCCUUUAAGCCCAUGCAGGAGACCAAUUUUUGAUGCAACUUAGUUGCUUGCAUUGGGGCUGCCUUUAAAUCCUCAAUGGGGAGGGAUACGGUCGUGUCUCCGAAGCCUGGAUGUCCGAACGAUUUUGUUCAAACCGUUCGUUGAAUCCGUCGCCUAUUUUCUCGCACCCGAGCCUUUGAGGACUUCGAACGGCGUGAAGAUUUGGGGAUGACGCCUCAAGGCAAAAAACAGCUUGGUUAAAGUGAUUUAGCAACUGAUCCCGUCACCUUGAAAGACGCUGAGUUCACUUGGGUACGCUCAAGCAGAGGCUUGGGGUUUGAGAAAGCGAUGGCAUAGAUUUCCGCCUCUGAUUAAGGAGUGGGGUUGGGCUAGAUGAUCUCAUAGCAUCCCUUCGAGCUGUGUUACGAUUUUUUCUGCCUCGGGGCCCCGAUCGAACUAGUCUGACCUUGGAGAUUUAAGUGCCUGGACUUGUUUGUUGGCUAUCGGGAUAGAAUUUGAACGGGAAUCUGUUUUUAAAACGAGAAUAAUCACAGGACCCAUUUUGGGGGGGGGGGUGUCUGGAUGAGGUUUUGCAAACUUCCAUGAUACACCCCCCAACUUUCUCCUCAGAAUUCAAGCAUUCUGACAUUCGGGAAUCCGGUGAGUUUUUGUUUUUGUUUUGUCUCUGUGUGUGAGAUCCUUUUUAACCAAUUAUUUAUCCAGAGUCGAGCAGCCACGGAUUUUGGGUUUUAGGAAUUAUUAUUAUUAUUAUUAUUUUUUAAAAAAAGAUAUAUACACUACAGUAUUGGAUCGCUGAUAGGAUUGCAUCGUUUCUGACCAAAACGGCCUAGCCUUUUUUUUGAGGGGAAACGGGGCAGAAAAAUAAUAAUGAAUUGUUAAGCAAGUACCACGGUUUUUCAAAGACUGUCGUAAGGGGUAUUAUUUUUAUUUAAUAUUACGUUCGUGUGAAGACGGGGGUCUCUUAACCGCAGCAGGACGAGACACCGAAUCUAUUUUUUAUUUUAUUUUUUGGCAUCUUGUGGGAUGAGAGGCAUUACGCCAAACACCAGGGUGUGGAUCUUGUUUACAUAUCGGCCGUGUUUUUCUCUUUGACUUUGGGGGAAACGGAGCUUGGCCUGUGAACUUUUAAUGUUAUUAUAUUAUUCGUAAUCUUAUUAUUCUUCCCCUCCUUACCUGUUAAUUAAAAUAAAGGAACUGUGGCUCUCUUGGCGAGCCAGACAAGUG